AAAGCGAAUAAACCAUCUGGUAACACUGUACUGCACUAUUUCGCUAUCCACACGUAAUUUUCGAAUUUGCGAGUAAAAAAAGCGACUUAGUAUUUGAUCUAACGCCAAAAAACUGUGUUUAAGUCCGUGGCACACAUCCACGGCCAUCAGAUGGACGAAGACUCGGUUCCGAAGCCGUCGGCAGACAGGCGUUUGGGUAACGCGGUCGAUUUGCCCUUAGGUCCGCCCGGCGUCGAUGAGAAAGGCGGAAACGAAAGGAGCGAGGUAAAGAGCAGUGCAUCCGGAAGAGGCGGCAAGUCGAGUUCCAGGCGCCGUUCAUCUUCCCGUGGCCGCUCCAAUUCCCGAAACGGCUCUUCGCCCCUGGCCACCCGGCGGAGGCGUUCAGUAUCCCGCUCUCCAACUCCGCCUCGACGCGGUCGGUACGACUCGCCCGACUACGGACGGUAUCCGCGUCGCCGUUAUGAACGAAGGCGCUCCCCCCCUCGUCGGGGUCGCCGAUACGGACGCUCCCGAUCACGCAGCAUCUCACCCCGUCGUGGAGGUCGUUGGUCGCCCAAAAAGAAGCCGUCGUCGCCACCUCUUCCCCCGUCACAGGGUGGACUCCCACAGCAAAUGGCACCUGGGUUUGGAGUAAUGGCACCACAGAUGUACGCUCCCUACGGCGCACCACCUGAUGUCUAUGGCCACCAGUACGGAAUGCCACCGAAUGCCUUUCCGUCCCAGGGACCGCCUCAGGGUUACGGCAUGCCAGGACCACCACCUGAGCAGAACCCUUUUGCGACUGGCACUUGGGUUGUAAAUGAGUAUGGGCAGCAGGUCUGGAUGCCUCAUCCCAUGGCUGCGGUGCAGCCGACUGCUCCGGACGCCUUGACCCAGCCACAGCAGUCACGAGAAACCCCGGCCGAGAAGCAGCAUGAAGAGGAGCAGAAGGGGCCGGCGCUUGACGGCGCAGGUUUGCCGCCUCAGGACGCCGUGGCGCAGGAAGCGGAGAAGCAGAAGGACGAGCUCAAGAAGCAGCGGGCGAAUUACGUGAAGAAGGUAACCCUUCUCAAAAAGGAAAUGAAAGUGUUGAGGGACCAGCGCGAGGACUUGGCUGCAGGCGAGGCGCCGCCCUCUCCGACCACCAAGAAUUUUAUCGAGGAAAACGAUCGUCUGCAGGUGCAAAUUAAGAAGAAACUGGACACAAUCGAAAACGUUAUAGACAUGCUGAAUGGAUUAAUUGGCUAUGAAGACGAUGAACCGAUAAAACCUAAGUCCCAAGGUAGAGCACAGCCUGAGCAACAGGGUAGCCGGUCGCACUCUUCGAGUGAGAGCUCCGCUGACAGCUCGGACUCCAGUUCAUCGGCUAGUAGUUCGUCCGAUUCAUCGUCCGACGGCGAGGACGAGGAGGAAACUGGCGGCGGGGAGGGAAGUCCCACAAAUCGACUUAAGCACCGCGCCAUUAAGUCAAUGAAGUCAAAACAAAAACAAGGAGAAAAUAAGCCUGUAACAGCUCCUGCACAAAACUACAAUUUUGUAUUUUUCGAUCCGGAACAGCAUUGGUGCGAGAGCUGUGGCGUUUUCCCGAAGUCCGCGCGAGAUUAUCUCAAGCACUUGCAUGCCGAAGAGCACAUGAACCGAGAGACUAUAGAAACUCCUUGGCAUGUGGGCAUUGACCAUGAUCCCUUUCCCACAUUCGAAAACGCGCCUGUUAAGCGAGUCCCCGUCAGAGGCAUGCAAUUCCUGGUACCGGCCAAUGCUUGGUUCUGCAAGCUCUGUAGUGUUUGGAUAGGGGACUUGCACUGCGCUUCCGCUCAUCUCAAAUCGAGACUACAUUCAAACAAAUAUGAGCUAUUUAUUAACCAAACUCCCAAUUAUGAAAUCGUGUGGCAAACAAACCGCGAACGCGCUAUGAAUCAACAGAAGGAGCUCGAUGACUCUAAGAAUAAAAAGACCAAGAAGGACGACGACAAGACUUCGAAGAAGCGCAAGAAAAAGAGCGGGGACAAGAAGAAAAAGAAGCGUAAGCACGGGAAGAAGAGCAAGCGAGGUGCAAAUGACGCCAACAGCUCAACGUCAUCCUCUGAUAGCUCAUCAUCGGAAGAUGACAAGUCGCAACCAAAGAAAGGACGAACCGAAGAGCCAUUAAGUGGUCAAGUAGAUAAGCCAAUUAAUGCUGCCUCGAUACGUGUGACCAUGCGAAAACAGGAAACGCCCAUAGUAUCCUUGAAACCGGAAGUGCCUUCUCAGACGCUUGCGCCUCCGCCACCUCCAAUCAUAAAGGACUCCUUAAACACUUCGGGUCGGAGUAACUGGUCUGCUUCUACUGGCGAAGAACAAAAGGAGGAGCAAAAGAAGCGGGAUGAUGCCAUGCUGAAGCAGUGGAACAAUGUUCAGCCUGUAAUAAGCGAGAGUGAGAAAAUGUUUGAACAGCUCAAAGGCAGGCUGAAGAACAAGGGACCCCGGGACUCUGAGGAUCAUAAAAUAAAACCGCAUGCAGCAUUCGCAUCUGAAGAAAAGGGUAGGCGUGGAGGAGGUCGACGAUCCCGAUCUCGUUCCAAGCGGCGCAGUCACUCUCGCAGUGUUAGUCGCGGGCGGGACAGAGAUCGACGCGAUCGAGAGCGGGACAGAGACCGUGGGCGCCGGCGACGGUCCCGCAGCCGAGGCAGGCACUUCUCCCGAUCGCCCAUACGGCCCAGCCGGAGAAGUCGUUCUCGUGAAGGUCGAGGCCGACGUAGCCGAAGUCACUCGGACGACCGGGUAGAGCGUCCAGUAGUCAAGCAUUCCGAGUUCCGGCCUCGAUUGGCGCCCGAACGAAAACAGACGGACAGUAAGCGAGAAAAAAAGGAUGCAGACAACAAGUCUAAGGCGUCAAAAACGAAUAGCAAUUCCCUGCCAGGCGGUAAGAAGCUGCCUUUCAUUGGCAAGAUGCCAGUAUUUAAAAAGCAACCAGUUGCUGCAUCCAACUAUGAUGUGGCUGCCGUCUACAGCAACGGGUGCUUAGAGGCACCUCCGCCGCCGCCGCCGCCACUAGGGGGAGCACCGGGGCAGGUAGCUGUGCGUCAGCCGGCCCCGACAGCAGCGCAGAUUCAGAUGGCCAUGAUGGAAGAUGCUUUUGGCAAUGCUCCUCCAUUCCAUCCCGAUGCUGGUAUGAUGGUUGAUUAUGAUGAGCUAAUGCCAGACCCCGUGCAGUUUGCAAAUUUGAUGACUAGUUGCCCGCCGCCUCCUCCGCCGGGCGAAGGCUCUGACGGUGAGGUCCAUGACCCAGAGGAGAACGAACAGCAUGAGAACAAAAACAAAGAGAAGGAUGUCUUGCCUCCCGGUAUCGACGAAGCAGAAUCUGAUCUGGUAUCGCAGCCGUUGGACGGCGCAGCACAACCACGCGACGGGGAACUGCCUAAAGAUCUGGCCGAAGCCCUUGACAUUAUAUUUCCCAGCGAGGGAGCUGCACCGGAAGCAGCAAGUGAAAACACUGAAAAGCAACGUGAGCCUAAGACUAUCACCACGAUCGUUGAAGACGAUGCAGUGCUCAGUGAGCAUAAUCUUCAAGACCUGGCUAAGCAGGGUAUUCACCUGGUUACCAUUGAUGAAACAAAAGCGACUAAUAACUCUCCGAUGAAAAUAUCGCAGAAGGACAAGCAGUCGCCGACACUUAAUGGCAAAGCUGAGGCUUUGGUGAACAUUAAGAUUGACGCGGAGGAUAUACCUAUGCCGAAUUCCCCUCCAACAACUCCGUUGGCUGACGAUGACUCAAAAAGCAAGUCUAUGAAAACUCAAGCGGAUAUCUCAGAAAUUCCGGAGCCACCGACAUCGCCCACAGACAGUGAAAAGAUGCGGCGUCAGGCGGAGCUCGAAGAAUUGGCGAUGCUGGGGAUCGACAGCAGUGACAUGGCGGCACAAUAUGCGUUGUGAGGUUUUGUGUUGACUCGGCCUCCGCGAACGACAGGCAAUGAAACCGCAUUCUUGGAUAGACAGAUUGAAUGGAACGUCGCCCAUUAAAAUGUAACAAUUUUAGAAUUAAGAUGGACACCUAUGUACGAGGGUUUAUGUGACGGAGUGUUUUAAAUAAAUGCGCAUAUAUGUAUGUAAUAUAUGUAUGAAGAAUUCUGGAA